CUGUUCAUAAUAUCACCAGAAAUUGAUCAAUCCCUCUGUACAUCGCUUGGUCGGAUUGGAAUCGGGGGAAGUCGUUAAAGCUCGAAGGUCCGUCAAUGGGGUAUGUGCAGCAAGCGCGUGAGAAUCACGUCAAGAAGAAGGUGGAAGAAGCUCUGAGGAGCAAGAUGAAGGCAAAGGCGUUAAAGGAGUGUGAUCAUUACACCUCAAAGUACGCUCAAUGCGCAACAGGAAGAACAUUUUCUGUUGUGUGGAAAUGCCGUAACCAAGCUAAAGAGUUAAAUGCUUGCCUUCACCAGUACACAAACGAUGGCGUCUUGGAGGAAAUGAAGAGGGAGUACAUGCUCCAGGAAGAGGGCAACAGCUCUGCAGCCAUAUAGUUGGUGAGACGGGAUAGUUCUUCUCUCUGCCAUUUACUGAGUCCGAGUCCGAGUCCGAGUCCGAGUCAGAUCAAUAUCUGCUCCUCUGGAACCGAGUUGGAAGUCAUCCCUCAACUCGCUUUUGGCGCUUUUGUCAUAUCAAUACAAACACCUUUAUUAUCCUAUCUUCCUUAUAUACGGAAGUAGAGUGACAGGACAUUCCUUGAAUGCGAAAAGAAAAUUUUUUUCCCCUCAUAACUCUGAAAUCUAAGUAAAUGUCCAACAAGAAACACAUUUCCAACAAUCAAAACAGUGACAAACCACAUAGAAAACGCCUUCCAAAAAACAAGUAGUUCUUUUCAUCUCCCCCACAAUUUCAAACAUGAAAUCUAAGAUCCCAAAAAGUGACUUUGGAAUAAAAAAAAA